GUAUACAUUGUGCUUGUAAAUGUAAACAUAUAUACAUGGUCAUGGAGAUAGAAAUAUCAUCAACAAUAGCAAGAGAUGUGGAGGUUGGGGAAGGAGCGGCGGCAUUCCUAGCGUGGGAGGACUUGACGGCCCUCCUCCCCAACUCCGGCAAUGGCCCCACCAGAAGGUUGCUCAAUGGCUUAACCGGUUUUGCCCUUCCCGGCAGAAUCAUGGCCGUUAUGGGCCCUUCCGGCUCCGGCAAGACCACCUUUCUUGAUUCUCUUGCAGGAAGACUUUCAGGAAACGUGGUAACUUCUGGGAACGUUCUUCUCAAUGGAAAGAUAAAAAAGUCUCUUCACUAUGGCAUUGUUGCUUAUGUAAGCCAAGAAGACGUGGUUUUAGGGACUCUAACAGUGAAAGAAAGCAUCGCAUAUUCAGCUUCCCUGAGGCUUCCCAGCAGUGCCACCAAGCAAGAGACUGCGGAGCUAAUCGAAAACACCAUCGCCGAAUUAGGAUUGGAGGACUGCGCUGAUCACCUCAUCGGAAACUGGCAUUUGAGAGGGAUCAGCGGCGGCGAGAAGAAGCGGCUGAGAAUCGCCCUCGAGAUCAUAACGCAGCCGCACCUUCUCUUCCUCGACGAGCCCACCACCGGCCUAGACAGCGCCUCCGCCUUCUUUGUCGCGCAGUCUCUCAGAAGCAUCGCCCGCCGCCGCAGAACCAUCAUCACCACCAUUCACCAGCCCAGCACUGAGGUUUUCUCUCUCUUUGAUGAUCUCUUGCUGCUCUCCUCCGGCCAAACCGUCUACUUUGGAGAGGCCGCACCCGCACUUGAGUUCUUUGCUGAAGCGGGAUUUCCAUGUCCGCAGACGAGGAGCCCUUCCGAUCAUUACCUUCGCUGUAUCAACGCAGACUUUGACUACGUUAAUAUAGGAUCGCAGAGGAUAAUAGGAACCCAAGAUAUGCAUUUAACCACAGCAGAGAUCAGAGCCAAGCUUCAACACAAAUACCAAAAUUCCAAACUCGCUGAAAGAGUCCGAGCAAAGAUCAAACACUUCUCUGUUACUCAAGGAUUAGUGCAUGAGGAAAUUAGUAGAGGGAGCCAUGCAAGAUGGAGGAAGCAACUUAUGGUUUUGAUAAAGCGGUCGUUCACAAACAUGUCUCGAGAUUUUGGGUAUUACUGGCUUCGAAUUCUGAUCUAUAUUAUGGUGUCUCUUUGUGUGGGUUCAGUCUUCCACGAUGUUGGAUCUGGUUAUCAUGCUAUUAUGGCUAGAGGAGCAUGUGGUGGCUUUGUCUCUGGUUUUAUGACAUUCAUGGCCAUUGGAGGCUUCCCAUCAUUCAUCGAAGAAAUUAAGGUAUUCAACAAAGAAAGGCUCAACGGACAUUAUGGUGUAGGAGUGUACAUACUAUCUAACUUCAUCUCUUCGUUUCCUUUCUUGAUUGUGAUGUCAUUCAGUUCUGUGUGUAUUAUAUACUUGAUGGUGAAGUAUCACCCUGGCUUCUCCCACUUCAUGUACGCUUUCAUCGACCUUCUUCUCUCCAUCUCCGUCGUUGAGAGCUGCAUGAUGGUGGUCGCCGCCCUCGUCCCCAAUUUCCUGAUGGGAGUCGUUGUCGGCGCAGGUUUCAUUGGCAUCAUGAUGGCUACAGCUGGUUUUUUCCGACUGCUUCCUGAUCUUCCUUUGAUAUUUUGGAAAUAUCCCAUCUCUUACAUCAACUACAUGGCUUGGGGCCUACAAGGGGCCUAUAAAAACGACAUGAUCGGGAUGGAGUUCGAGGGUCCAGUUGAGGGGCAACCGAAGCUAAAGGGGGAAUAUGUUCUAAGCUCAUUGCUAGGAAUAUCUCUACAACACUCAAAAUGGUGGGAUUUGGGUGCCGUUGCAGUCAUUUUGGUAGCCUACAGAUUGUUGUUCUUCAUAAUACUCAAGUUGAAGGAGGGAGCGAUGCCUGUGUUUCAUACUUACUAUACAAAGAGAACUCUUCACCAUCUCAGGCGCCGGCCUUCCUUUCGGAGACCGCUGCCUUUCCCUUCUUCUCCCAAGAGGCAUUCAUUGUCUUCUCAAGAGGGUCUCAACUCCCCACUUCACUCAACCUAGCUCCCACUUUCUUAUUAACAUUAUUUAGUUUUUAAUGCAUGUAACACUUCCCUCUCUUUUAUAUAUAUAAUAUGCAGAUUAUAAAUUUCUUAG